GCAAGUAUCGUCAUUCCAAAAUAAAUGGUCACACUAUUUCACAUUCUUCUCUUAGCAGGGGAGAAGGCUCUCUGUUCGACCAAUUUACAUUAUCAGUUUUUACACAACAGGACAACGUAGAACCGGAUCAAUGGCGGUGCAAUUCACAGACGAACAGCGGCAGAAGUUCCUGGAUGAUGGCUUCGUGGUCUUACCAGAUGCAUACACAGCAGAGGAAUGCGAAGUCCUGCGUGCUAAGAUCUUGUCCAUUGUUGAUGAGCAAUUGGAUUUGUCCAAGCAUCCUGGAACUGUAUUCACCACUGACCAGCAGUCCAGGACCAAUGACGAGUACUUCAUGACUAGCGGCGACAAGAUCCGCUUCUUCUUUGAGCAAAAUGCGUUCAACGACCAAGGCCAGCUCAAACAACCCGCACAUCUGUGCCUCAACAAGAUAGGCCAUGCACUUCAUGCUUUGGAUGAGGACUUCAAGCAGUUCACCCACGCACCCCUAGUACAGGCUGCAGCACGUAGUGUGGGCUACCAGCAGCCAGUUAUUCCACAAAGCAUGUUCAUCUUCAAGAACGCCAAGUGUGGUGGAGUAGUGACACCACACCAGGACAGCUCUUUCCUGCACACCACACCGCUGCGCCUUACCGGCUUCUGGAUUGCCCUGGAAGACGCCGUCAUCGACAACGCGUGCCUCUGGUUUGCACCAGGAACACACAAAACAUGUCCGAUUGGCACACGCAUGGUACGUAACCCUGAAGGCCCAUCGCCACCUACCAUCUUCACUGGCCAAGCUGCACAGGUGGAAGACUCAAAGUAUGUUCCUGUGGAGGUAAAGAAAGGCUCGCUCGUCAUGAUCGAUGGGUCGGUUUUGCACAAGAGUGGUUCGAAUCACUCGGACAGGUCGCGCAACAUCUACACGUUUCACAUCGUGGAAAGUGAUGGUGUUGAGUACAGUGGUGACAACUGGCUGCUUCCUACAGCAGAAAUGCCGUUCCCAAAGCUAUUCACAGAUUGAUCAUUCCAACAUAGGACAGUGAAGCUGGAUGGAUCUCUUCUGAACAAUAUGGCGUUGCACUAUGUAGCAGAUUGUGAGGCAGAACUUCUGCUAUAGCCUUGCACUCUACUUAGCAAAUUCUAAACUGAAUUAUUCGGUGGAUGAGAGUUUUCCGGGACCGCACUUCUUUCACCUUUUCUGCUGACGUAUAUGUCAGUUGCUGCCCGCUCAUGGUGUGUUGUCGUCCCGCUGCGAGAGGCGACCUUGUGUAGCUGACGUUCUGAUGCAAGCGACGGUAUAUGCAGCAUAGCCGCUCUCACUCUCCGCGUCCAUGCUGACCUAUGUGCAUGCAUCCUGGUGGUGGUGGCAAUGGCGGUGAUGGCGAUGGCUGGGUACUGUUUGGUGCUAGUUGUACUUGUUACGAUGAUGCAGCCUGUGGCAGCGUGUUGACCGUUCUUCACUCACUACUUACUACAGUUGUGUAGUAGUAUACCGGCAUGAUGUGUGUGCUGGCAUCCUUGCAGUGGAACAGACCAAAACCAGCAGCCCUGUCUCUGAUCAUAGACACACUACUGCAUGCUUUCACCAUGUCUAUUUUUAAAUAACUGUCUAUCUAGUGACCUUCCCUGUGUGUGCUUUUGCGCUGUCGCCCUGGAGCUUUGUUUUACCGUUUCUGAUCACCACUGUAACCUUCCUCUUCCUAGGUAGCAGCAGCAGCAAGAGAGUUGUAAUGUGACAUUCACUCAGUCUUGGGUGCCGUAACCAGACACGUAUUGCCAACUAGCAGUGUAGCUUGUUCUUUUUCUCUCUUGCAAUUUUUCUCUCUUGUUCAGAUGCUGGUUUAUGUCUAGAUAUUGUAUAGUAUCAUCAAGAGUACAUAAUUAUGGGGUUACUGAAUAUGCGGACAGCAUGCUGUUUCGUUCUUUGUGAA